GUUGGAUAUUGAAACAAACAUGGCAGCUUGCUACUCCACACUGUGCGAAGGUUGUUGUUAAUUUGGAAGGUUGACACAGAAAUACUGUCAACAUGCUCGGCCUGACAAUAAGGGAGGUGUCUUUGGCACUCAGAGAGGGAAGGAUCUCCCCAACAGAGCUUUGUAGGAGGUGUCUGAACCGCAUCAAGAAAACUCAGCAUCUCAACGCUUACAUCACUGUGACAGAGGAGUUGGCACUGAAGCAGGCUCAAGAAGCAGAAACCAGACUGCUGCAAGGUGCCUCCAAAGGUCCUCUGGAUGGAAUCCCCUUUGCAGUCAAGGAUAACUUCAGCACAGAGAACAUCAAGACCACAUGUGCUUCCAGGAUGCUCAGAGAUUACACUCCUCCAUACAAUGCUACAGUGGUUCAGAAGCUCCUAGACCAAGGGGCUGUUCUGGUGGGGAAGACCAACAUGGAUGAGUUUGCUAUGGGUGCAGGAAGUACUGACGGGGCUUUCGGUCCAGUAAGGAACCCCUGGAGUUAUGCUGCUCCCUACAGAGAACAGACAGGGGCAUCACCAGACUCUGACUGGGUGAUCACUGGAGGAAGUUCUGGAGGAAGUGCAGCCGCUGUGGCCUCACUCACCAGCUACCUGGCUUUGGGUUCAGACACAGGUGGUUCUACUCGUAACCCAGGUGCACUCUGUGGUGUCGUGGCCCUGAAGCCCACCUACGGUCUGGUGUCCAGACAUGGUCUCAUCCCUCUGGUUAACUCCAUGGACGUCCCGGGUAUUAUGACCCGCAGUGUUGGUGAUGCAGCCUUGGUCUUAGGUAUCCUUCAAGGCCUUGAUAUUAGAGACUCGACAACAAUUCCUGCCCCUUCAUCGCUGACAGAGCUACUUGAAGACUUUGAUGUCAAGAACAUCUGUAUAGGCAUCCCCAAGGAGUACCACGCUCCAGGGCUGUCUGAGGAGACUCUAGCUCAGUGGAGUCGUGUUGCUGACAUGUUUGAGAGAGCAGGGGCGAGGGUGGAGCAAGUAUCCCUCCCCCACACCCAGUACUCCAUUGUGUGCUACCACGUCCUGUGCCAUGCUGAAGUGGCAUCUAACAUGGCUCGCUUUGACGGCCUCGAAUACGGCCACCGUAGUGAGGUGAAGAGCUCGACAGAGGCCAUGUACGCUUCAACGCGACAUGAGGGCUUCAAUGACGUAGUGAGAGGGAGGAUUCUGUCUGGGAACUACUUCCUGCUUAAACAGAACUACCAGCACUACUUUGUGAAAGCCCAGAAAAUCCGCCGGCUGAUAGCGGACGAUUUCAAGCAUGUGUUCAGCUCAGGUAUUGACGUGCUGCUGACGCCCACCACUCUGACUGACGCGGCCCGUUACUCUGACUUCACACAGGAAGACAACCGAACACGCAGCGCGCAGGAAGACGUCUUCACCCAGCCUGUCAACAUGGCGGGUCUCCCAGCUGUUUCAGUGCCAACCGCAUUAUCAAGACGCGGCCUGCCCAUUGGCUUACAGCUCAUAGCCCCUGCCGUCCAAGACAAGAAGAUGCUCAGUGUUGCUCAGUGGAUAGAGCAGAGGGUUGGGUUUCCCUCCAUCAUUGUAACUCUGAGAAGAAAAUUGGUCCAUUUCCAUGGAGAUGAGUUGAGUAACAACUUUACAUGACCAAACACCAGCAGACCCUUAAAACCAUUUUGGCUCAAGCAGAUACUCUCCCUGAAACACUCUCCACAUUAAAGUGUUGGAAUCAGCUCAAGUGAAAUCCAAUCAGCCUGUUACGGUUCUGGAAAUCGGCCUAAACUAAGGUGCUACGCUGAGUGUUUACAGAUCUCACAAUAACCUGCUCUCAACCAGUUCCACAUGAUCCUACCCAGUUUCCCUGCUGCGUCCUGUAACUCUACAGAGUUACAGUAUGCAGCAGCUGUACCAGUGCCAGUGGCUAUAUUGUUUUAUAUAAUCUUUUUUAUGUAUGUUUACAUGAGUGCUGUGUUUUUUGUUUGUUGUGGUUUGUGUAUCAGUGGGAUCUGUGCCAAAGAUUGGAUCUUCCAAACAGCUGACAUGUUGUAAAUGCCUUUUCAUGAGUUGAUAUGAGGGAUGUAAAGCAGAGAAAUUUACAUGUUCAUCUCACAUCUUUUCCACUGACUGGCGUGAAUGACUGAUGAAAAGUUUGUAUUUACUGCAGUUGCCAUGUCCUUCUUCCUCUUUUUUUUCUUCUUAGUAUCAGCUUAUAUCCAUAAUAACACUCAAUAUUUUAAUAUAUUUUGUAUUGCACAUACAGUGCAUUGCCAUACUUCCUUCUCUGCUUCACAUCGCUGUAAUGGCUCAGUUUUUCUCACCUCAGUGUUGCUACAAUUAGCACGAGAUUAGCAUCUUGCCUGCUUAAUUUUAGCAUAAAACCUGAGGCUGUGAACAACACAAAACAUCUGUCUGUGCCUCUGUUGUACUUAAAGUAUCUCAGCAUCUAGCCCAGGGGUGGGCAAACUGUUCUACCUGUGGAACAGUUUGUGUGGCUGCAGG